AUGAUCCUUGAUAUCCUCCCUCUCCUCCGCUCCUACAAGUGGCUGCUCGGCUCGUCAUCGCCGCGACGGGCAGAGAUCCUCGCCUCGUUGGGCCUCUCCUUCGACACGGCUUCGCCGUCGUUUGCCGAGGAUCUGCCCAAGGAGGCAUUCCCCACGCCCGAGGCCUACGUUCUUGCCACCGCACACGGCAAGGCCGAUGCGCUCGAGGCCGAUGGCGCAACUACCGGCUACGAUGUGGUGGUUGUUGCCGAUUCCGUCGUCGUCCUUGAAGGCGCUGUGCUGGAGAAGCCCGCCGAUGCCGAUGAUGCUGUCCGCAUGCUCACCGCCCUCUCCGGCCGCACCCACUACGUCCACACCGCCGUUGUCAUUGUGCCUGCAGGCCGCCCACGGAUCGAGCUGGCGGCGUCGACCCAUGUGACGUUUGCCGACCUCCCCGAUGAGCUCAUCGCCGCCUACGUGGCCUCGGGCGAGCCGCUGGACAAGGCCGGCGCCUACGGCAUCCAAGGGCUCGGUGGAACCCUCGUGGCUGCCAUGGACGGCGACUACUUUACCGCCAUGGGUCUUCCCAAGCAUGCCCUCUGUGCAGCUCUUCGCGACCUCGCUCCGCUCCUCCCCCAGCCGCAGCUCCCGCAACUGCCGGCCGCCGCCGUGGCCGGCGUCUGGCGCCGGGUCGUCAACUACGAGCCGCGCGACGAUGUGGCCGACGCCACCGCCCGCGAUGGGAGCGUCGUCGUCUGGAUCCAGGCUCCGGACGGGCUCUUUAUCGACGCCCGCUCCGUCGCGAGCGAGCCCUACGGGAUCCGCGGCUUUGCCGGCUCGGUAGAGCUUGGUGAGCCCAGUCGCGACGGCGCCUUUCGUCUGACAUGGCAUCGCGAGCUUGACACCGCGCCCGCAGCCUGCCCUACCGGCAUCGACUCGGCUACCUGCCGCUGGGCAGGCUCGGACGUUCUUCUCGAAGAGGGCGACGGAUACCUCGAGGUCUGGCACCGUGUCGCCACCUGGGGCCCCGACGCCUCGGCCUCGCGCUCGGCCGACGGUGCCAUUGCGCUCACUGCUGGCACCGCUUCAGCCACGGCGUCGGCCGCCGACGACGGCGCCGCCCGCAUCGUUCUCAACCUCGAUGAUGUCUGCCUCGAGACCGGGCUUUAA